AUGAACUAUCCUUAUUUUAAUUUCCAACAAUCCCAACCUCAAUCAAAUUUAAAUACAUUUCAAAAUAAUAAUACUCCCACUGUCAUCACUAAUGAUAAUAAUUUUAAACUACCAAACCCUACAACUGGUACUACUACUAACAUUAACGCUUCUAAGCCAUACAGCAACAGUUUAGCCAGAUUAAAAUUGCAAAAUGCUAUUGAGGAUCCAUCAUCCGAGGCUUUAUGGAAAAUGUACUCCAAGGCUAAAGCUUCAUUACCUUAUAAAGAAAGGAUGUCUAAUUUAACAUGGAGAAUGUUAGGUAUGAGAAUUAAAGAGUUUAAGCUAAAGCCUUUAAAAUCUAAUAGCAAUAACGAUGAUAUUAGUGUUAGUAAUCCUUCUCUUUUCAACAAUAACAACGAUAAUAAUAAUAAUAAUAAUAAUAAUAAUAUUAAUGAAUUAACUUAUAUAUCCCAAUUAAAAAACAUGACCAACAGUGACAAUGAAAAUAUUCUCCAUAAUCAUAUAUUAAAAUCACCAACAAUGGUUUUGGGUAUCAAUCCAAUGGAUUUGAAGAAUCAAAAUGAUAUGAAAAAUAUAAAUACUGCUAACAACGAUCUUAAUAAUAAUACAGAUUUAUUAUCGCAUUCUCAUCAUUUUGGUUCAUUUUCCGAUCAUACUCAACCCUUAGGUUUUUUAUCCACAUCUUCCACUACUCAAAUGAAUGAAGAUGAUGUGGUAAUAUUCAAUGAUAAUGCCAGCGUCUCAGACAAUAAUAUGUUACAUCUAAAUGCUAAUAAUAAUAUUGCUGAUAUUAUAGGCAAUAAUCGUAAUAACACUAGUAAUACCAAUAGUCAAGAUAAUAAUAAUCAUAGCAAUACUGACUCCCCCAGCUUAUUAAGCGAUACAGAUGCAUUGACUCCGAAUAAUGCUAUAUUCUCAAAUAAUCAACUGUUCAUAGAUGAUAACGCUAACAAUAACAAUAAUACAUAUACUAGUUCAACGAAUAACUUGAUACACAACACCUCUGAUGCUACUCUUUCAUUACAUGAUAUUUAUAAAUUCACUGCCAAUAAUAAUAAUAAUCCAGACCUAUCACCAAGUACACAUUCUCAACCAAUUAAUAUAAAAAGAAAAAGUUCAAGCACAGCUUUGAAAAAAUCCUUAAUUAACAAUAAUAAUAAUAAUAAUAAUAAUAAUAAUAUACCAAUCACUUCUUCUUCAUUACCUACUCCAUCCUCAUUAUCUAAAAGAUCCACACCAAAUGCCGUGAGAAAAAAGACAUUGAUUAAAUCAAGACGUAGUAGUGUCGCCAAUGGGCUGCAAGACAAUGCUGGUAGUGGUAUCUCUAAUAAUAAUAGUAUGACAAAUACCAGUUCUCCUUUGAAUACACCAUCACCUUCCAACGCUGGUGGUACUGUUGGUACUACAACAACUACCAAUAAUAAUAAAGACAUAGUAAAUAAUAAUAGCAAGAACGACAAUAUUAAUAAGAACGAUACUGAAUGUUCUAAUUGUCAUACACGUACAACACCGUUAUGGAGAAGAGAUCCGUUAGGAAAUCCGUUAUGUAAUGCAUGUGGGUUAUUUUUAAAAUUACACGGUGUUGUUAGACCCUUAAGCUUAAAAACAGAUACAAUAAAAAAAAGACAAAGAAAUAAUAACAGCAAUAAUAACAGUGUUAGUGGUACCCCUGUACCUCCUAGUAAUCCUAGUGGUACUGGAGGUUCUGGCAAUACAGCUAAACAAUCCAAAUCUUCUAAUUCGUCUAUUUAUACGUCCCAAGCUAUAGGCGGCGAUGUUAUAGGUAAAGGGAAAAGAGGAAACAACAGUAAUAGCAAUACCGGUAUUGCAUCUAACACUAAAAAAAGCAUUAACAAAUCAUCUAGUGGUAAUAUUUUAGUGAAAACAACUUCCAGGAAGAGUAAAAGUGCCAAUGCUACUAGUACUUCAAAAAUCAAGCCCGGGAAUAAUGGUUUAUCUAAUAUCUCUGGUAUUAAGUCAAGAGUUUCCGUUAAUCCUGUAACGAAAACAAAUUCAAUAACCACUGCAAUGGAUGUAAGUAAUCCCGUAUCUGCCGGUAGACUUAAUUCCAACGCAUUUAUCUCAAAAGGUAACGGUGACAAAUUGGUUGGGGAUAUAUACCAAACACUAGAAAACUUUGGUCAUGAUCAUCAAACUAAUAGAAGUAUAUCUUCUAAUAAUAAUUCAUACUUGUCUUACCCAACUGAUGAUGCUAGCAAUUCUUUCUUAGCUACUAAUACCCAUAAUACCAAUUUCGAACACCAUAUUAAUUCUUCUAUGGAUAACAACGAGUUUUCCAUUGAUCAGCAUUUUUUUCAAAGUCAAAAUUUUAAUUAUGAAGAUAAUAAUAGUAAUGAUGUUAAUGUAGAUACCGACAUCGUAAUGAACGACGAAGGUAGUGGAGAAUAUGUUGGUUUUAACCACAACAUUCAUAAGUUUACUGAUGAUAUUGGUAAUAAUAACAACAACAAUAAUAAUAAUAAUAAUAAUAAUAAUAAUAAUAAUAAUAAUAAUAAUAAUAAUAAUAAUAAAGAUAAGACUGCUGCUACUGUUAAUAAUAACAACGACAAUAAUAAUAAUAAUAAUAAUAAUAAUAAUAAUAAUAAUAGUAAUGGAGAAAUGACUAAUUGGGAAUGGUUAACUUUAAGCUUAUAA